AUCCGUUUUUUACAAACUUCAAUAAUCACAUCCAGAUCUUAAUUACCAGUUGUUGCCCUUGCUGCCAAAGGUGACGUGAAUUUAUUUCUUCAUCCACGUCGAUACUGUGGGAAAGGCGUUCUUGAAACACGCUUUUUUUUCUUUUUUUUGGUGCCGCUUGAAACCGAAAGUGAAAGUGAAAUUUCAACAGGUACUUAAAGAAGAGGGGCUGCUUGAUCAUGGAGAGCCUUUCUGAGCGGUAAGUAGGUCCGAUCCAUGCUUGGGGGAGAAAGCGCGCAAAAGGAAAAGUGGUAUGCCCUACUCCCCAGGCUUUGCACUGGCUGCUGCCUCUUUGUAAAUUCUGGUGGUGGGAAGGCUGUGUGUGCUGUUGUUGAACAUUACUGUCACAUUUCGAUUUGGUCAGCCAGCCUUGACCCAGUUUCUAUUUGUUCAUCGUUCAGUCUGGCAGGUGUUACAUGCGUAAGUAACUGAGGCCCACGAGGCGUUACGUCGAAUUCCUGUUGUUUUUUGUUGUUUUACUUUCCCUCACUUUUGUUUUCAACUGACAUCGGUUGCCACGUCGUUUUUUCAUAAACAACAGCAUUAGCGUUUACUUCGUUGCGUGUGGACUAAAUAAUGCAGCGGAUGCAGACCUAACUUUCUUGAUUUGGUAAUAGAAAAGAAAGGCCUUGCGUUUUCUGAGAAACAGUGAUAAGUUUUUGCUCUUAUCUUGUCAUUGUAACUGUCCUUUCUUUUCUUGACAAACUGAAAUGUAGUGUUCAAGAAAUAGAAUUAGAGAUUUAUCAUAAGAUUUUUCGGGUAGCUAUAUCUCUAUAUGACAGCCAAACACGCCGGAUGUUAGAACAUUCUAACUCUGGCAAACUAAAAAUAUUCAACUGGUUUCUUGACAGCAAAUAGGUAAUACCACACAGAGGAUUUUGUGUGGUAUAAAUCAUCGCCACCAGAGUUGAGAAAACAAAAACAAACUCGAUUGGAAUGCAUUAGCGCGCGAUUUAUUGUUCUUUGUCUCGAAUACCAAUACAUUCUUGCCAAAACGUCACAUCGAGCGUAGUGGCCAGACUGAGUCGACGUCAGUCAUGCUCGUCCAACUUUCUUUUGUUAAUAAUUUUUUUAGUGAGUGACAGUAGUCUCUGUGUAGUCUGCUAAUAUUAUAUGGUGAUCUGCCAGCAUAUGGGAGUUAACGAUGUCCAUGGCCGAUUUUGCGAUUCUCAGUCGAACUAUUCAAAAUCCUGUUUAGUUUACGCAAUCCAUGGUAAUGACAACGAAUCAUGCCUGGAGGAAAACACCGAUUUCAAUGUUUCUGGCUGUAGCAGCGUCUUGCCCGUGAAAGAAAAACUUUUGGUUUCGUUGCCAACAGUUAACGUUCUAGUGAUAUUAAAAAGCGACUUACUCAAAGUCAGUUUCAUGGUCAUAAACGCCUUCACCAUCCUAGACAUUUUUCUCAGCCGUCGCACUAAGCCUUGGAGAUUCCUUCUUCGCAUCCUAUACCGCGUAGGGCGGUCCAACCUCAAAUGGGGAUUGUUGUGGGCAGUUUUCCAGCUCUGGUCCCAUUUCGAGGGUAAUUGUUCGCCCGAUAUAAUUGAGGUCGACGUCGAGCAACUGCCCUUUUCUUCGAUUCUCCACCAAAUGCAGCAGAUAUGGAUCGCCCUUCAGUCCUAUCCAGUCUUGUUGGUGGUCACCUUUUUUAUUUACAACCUUGCCGUAAGCUGGAUCGUGCAUCGCUUAAAUCAUCGAAACGGCAAUCACAACAUGAUGACCACUAACAGCACUUUGGAUCAUCAGACUAAUCUACAUUUGACUAAUGGCGCUAGAAACGUCCGACGAAGAAUUCUAUCUCGAUGGUCUCUGCUGAUCGACUGCUUCUUCAGACCUCUAUCCUUUGAUACGGCCAAUAAUUUAAUGGAUUUCGAGCUGGAUGAAAAUGUGGAGCAGUUAAUUGAGCGUCUAGCUUUGCCCAAUUUGUGGCUUACGCCUACAGUACCAACUGAUUAUCUGAAUUACCUUCCUGUGUGGCGAUUCGAAUGCUGGAGUCAAACUGCUGAGGGUCCUAUUGGUACGGAAUGGCAAAUGCCCACCUCCGCAAUGUCUUCCAAUUAUUCAGAAUCAACCCCUGUUGACAAUCGAUGUUCUCUUUCAAACUUCCUUUGGAAUGACAACCAAACUCCGCCCAACAUGAAAUGGAUUCCUAGUGCGGAUUGCGCUAUUUGUUUGGACAAGUAUCGCACCACCGUAGAUGUAUGCGGACUUCCGUGUGGCCAUCAGUUCCAUCAUAAUUGUAUAAUGGUUUGGCUUCAACGAGACAAUCAUCACUGCCCAAUAUGCAGAUGGCCUGCAUACCAGAAUAAAUAUCUAUCUACUUAGCUUGAUCUCAUUUUUGUAAAAAAAAAAUCCAUCUAGUGCACUUUACUUUUAGCUUUCUUUCACAUUUAUAUCUCUUCUUAGUUUUACAUGUCUGGAUUUUGGUUGUUUUAACGUAACCAAGUUCAUCCUUUACGUAAGACCAUUUCACUUUAUUUAUUUAAUUCUUUUCCUUUCAAUUCAUCGAUGUCAAAGUAUUUAAAGUCAGAAUGCCAGCGCAGAGACGUUUGAGAUUUUUUUUUAUUUUAGAGGGAAGGGCUAGGUGCUGCUGCCUGUGAUAACGAGCAUGCAAUGAACGAAACAAUGACUAAUAUGUAAAGACGCUUAAAUGUGACUUGUAAGCUAUUAUUGUUUUCCUUUUUUUUGCCUUUUUGUAAGGGUAAAGAGUUUGGGAUAUUAAUCGUAUUCUUCUUGAUAAUCUUAUCACUGUAAAAAGCGAAUCUCUAUGUAUUUCCUUUAAUAAACGAAUUUCUUAGCGGAAA